GGCACAACUUCUGUGUGGCAGCAGACGAGUGACGCAAUUUUUAUGUGCGGCUCCACCCAAUGGUACAAGUAGGCAGAAAACAAGUUACAACGCAGGUUGAAUAUGGCGUCUACGAUACUCUUUUGAAGUCGAAGUUUAGUCAACAUUUUGAAAAAGCAUGUAAUGUACAUUCGACGUUUGUUUAAAUAUCUGGGAAUUGGUUUAGACAACAUACAAGUCGACUUAAAUAAGGGAGCCAUGGUAAUUCAAGGUCGUGUUCUACUUUAAAGUUAAGAGUUUUGUGGUUAGGCGUAGCUAACCUAGCAAGCUCGUUAGCUAGCUGGCUACCCAGUAAGGUAGGUUAGCUUGUUAGCUUGCUAGGCAGUUCAUAUAACUUUAGGUCGUGAGCAUAUAAACCAUAAGUUAGUAAAUAUUUGGGAGUUACAACAAGAAUAAAAAACUGUUUAUCCACUACUCGUUAGUCUCGCAACUCGGUCGGUACUUGCUUCUUGAAGGCGUGAAGAUGGCCCACUCGCCGGUAGCUGUUCAAGUUCCUGGAAUGCAGAAUGCCCGGGCGGAUCCCGAGGAGCUGUUCACCAAGCUAGAGCGCAUUGGCAAGGGCUCGUUUGGUGAGGUCUUCAAAGGCAUCGACCGCCGCUCGCAGAAUGUGGUGGCUAUCAAGACCAUCGACCUGGAGGAGGCAGAAGACGAGAUCGAGGACAUCCAGCAGGAGAUCACCGUGCUCAGCCAGUGCGACAGCCCCCAUGUCACCAAGUACUACGGCUCCUAUCUGAAGGGCAGUAAACUUUGGAUCAUCAUGGAAUAUCUGGGAGGAGGCUCUGCCUUAGACCUGCUGCGAGCCGGGCCCUUUGACGAGUACCAGAUAGCCACCAUGCUAAAGGAGAUUCUGAAAGGACUGGACUACCUGCACUCCGAGAAGAAAAUCCACAGAGACAUCAAAGCUGCCAACGUGCUGCUCUCUGAGUCUGGUGAGGUGAAGCUGGCAGACUUUGGUGUUGCUGGGCAACUCACAGACACGCAGAUCAAAAGGGAGACAUUUGUGGGAACGCCCUUCUGGAUGGCUCCUGAGGUCAUCCAGCAGUCUGCUUAUGACUCCAAGGCUGAUAUCUGGUCCUUAGGAAUCACAGCCAUUGAGCUGGCCAAGUGUGAGCCACCCAACUCGGACAUGCACCCCAUGCGGGUUCUGUUCCACAUCCCGAAGAACACGCCCCCCACCCUCAAUGGCGACUUCACCAAGGCCUUCAAAGAGUUUGUGGACUCCUGCCUGAACAAAGACCCUGCAUUUAGACCAACUGCAAAGGAGCUCCUGAAGCACAAGUUCAUUGUAAAGAACGCCAAGAAGACCUCCUACCUCACAGAGCUGAUCGACCGACUGAAGCGCUGGAAAGCCGAGGGCCACAGCGACGGAGAAUCUAGCUCAGACUCUGACUCCGAGUCCAGCAGUAAGGACAAUGAUUCGUCACCCGAAUGGUCCUUCACCACUGUCCGCAAGAAGAAGCCUGACAAACAAUCCAACGGAAUGGACCAAGAGGUACAGAAAAAAUCAGCCAGCCUGUCUACAGUGAUGAGUCCAAUAUUUACUGAGCUGAAGCUACAGCACAGGGACGGGGACGUGAGGAGGGCCGUGGUGGAGGAGCUGGAGAAGGGCAUGCACACCGCUGAGGACCUCUGCCCCGGGCUCACAGACAAGAUGAUCAGUCACAUCCUCGAGAGGGUGCAGAGGUUCUCUGUCAGUUAGUCUGGUGGGGAAUUAAGCAGAACAUACGACUAAGGAGCUGGAUGACUGAGCGAUUCAUCAGGCCUCUACAAUCUCAGCUCUUCCUGUUCACUGAAUAUUAGUACACACACACACACACACACGUGUGCGUGUGCUCCCUCUCCCUCCUCCCACCAUACUGGGAUGGGAAGGACCUGAGGUUACACACAUUCAAUCAUAACCAAAAGGAAUUUCCUUUUUCCCAAAGAUAUAAAUGUUUGUGUAAUUGUAUUUAUAUAAUUUUGCUAUGUGCUUUUGUUUUAGCCUUCAGCUGGUGCCCAAUAAUGUGUGUUACAGUUAUUUUAGACUGUUUUUUACAUUGAGAGAUUUGGAGUCACAGACAUCCUUACUGAUUUUUCUGUUGAGCGUUGCACAUGUCCGUUCUCACACACACACACACACACACACAUAUAUAUAUAUAUAAAUAAAUUUUGUUUUUGUUUGUUUGCUCUUUGUUAUUUUAGGCUUCUAUCAGUCAUAUUUAUGUGUGGGAGGUUGAUGGUUUUUUUUUUUUUGUGUCCCCUGGAAUAAGGGAAGGAUUUGUUAUACAUUCUACACACUGUUACUUGUAGCAUUAUAGAACUGCUGUAUGGUAAAACCUUCAUAUCACCUAAAAAAAACAAAAAAACAAACAAAAAAAAAAACAUAGAAAUACCUCAGAUUAAGCAAUCAAAUGAAAGAAAACUAAAAAGUAACCCUAACAAACUAGUUUAAUAUUUUUAAUUUUUUACAAAUUUUUUUAUUGUGCAUUAAGCACCUGAGGUCAAGUUACGGAAGAGGGAUUUUGCUGUGCAAAAAAUGCUUCCGCUUUUGACAGGAAAGAACAAAGAUUGUUUCAGAAAGUUUAUUUUGUACUCUGAAAUUGGCAGUAUAAAACAUUUUUCAUGUUAUUUUUUUUAAAUCUUAUUUUCCCCUUUGGCCCCCAGGUGUGGGACUGUUGCUGACAUAGGAGUAGUUGACCUUUGUCAAUAAAUCUUGUGUCCCUUGUUUUUCUGUCCUGUCCACUUUUAUAAUGUCUUGCAGGUUUCUGAGCUAAUAUUUUAUUAAAAUCUGAGAUCCGUGGGAGAUGUACUGUACUUCUGAAGGAAAGGCACUACACACACUUUUUAGUGGGCAGGGCAGUUUUAUACACUCUCUGCACACAUUCCACUUCCUUUGAGUAGAUCUCGAGGAAGGGGUGCACUUCUUUAGCCAGCGGAGGAACGUCCAUACGGAAAACCUACAGUUCAGAAACCAAGUGCUAGUGAUAUUUGGGCUCUUUACAAGCACCGACACAGGAAUUUGGAUGGAUUUCAGGCUUUUAAAUACAGGAGUUUUCUUUGGGUUAGGGGUUUUGUUUGUUUGAUUUCAUGUUGUCAUAGACCAUUCGCUACAAAGGGAUCUUUUUCUGCCAAGAUUUUUCAUCAAGAUUAGGGUGCCAUCACUGGUAUGGUGGUGAGGUCAUCAGUGCUGCUUUUGGCUGGGAGAUACUAUGCCAACAUCUCGUUGUGCCUAAAGUUCAAUUCUGUAUGUAUAAUUGUCAUUAUAUCCUCAAAAAUAGCAUAAAAGGAUGUCAUGUUGCCAGAUUGAGGUUUGAGAGCAAUAAGGUGUUUGGUAGAUUUUUUUUUUUAUAUAUAUUUCUUUACAGAUAUGUAGAUAUAAAACUAGGUUUUGUAAAUUUUUCUCUGAGCUUUUGUAAAUGUUAUGGAAAUUGCUACACAUAUCUGUUAAAGCUGUAUCAUAUCUAUAGGCCUUUUUUCUUUUGCUUCAACUGUCACAAAUUACUUUUUGGUUUGGUUUGACAAAUAAAGAUGUAAAUUAUGACACUG